UAAACUAUACGACGUGCUUCUGAAUGUCGCGAUCGAACAACAUUAAUUUUAGGUUCGUAAGGCAUCUAAAUGUGUAUGAACUGCAUUGUUUAUGUUCCCAGAAGCUUUAUAUUGAAGACCCGCACGCAUGCGCGGUACGUCGGAGUUAACGCCAGAACAGGCGUCUUGUUUAUGGUAACGUAUAGAAAAGAGUUAGGUAUAAAGUGAGACGGACUGCGCUCUCUUUGAUGUCGAACGUUAUAAUCUACGAACGUAUAUCCCAGGGUUUUGGAGGCUUUGGCGCACUGAUGUUCAAAACUCUUUUUGAUAAGGGUUUAUCUGUAGAUAUAUGCGAUACUUGAUGUUUUUGAAUACAUGCAGGCAUGUAUUCUCCCAUUUUCGCUUAUCUUCGUUGAGACUUUCCCUGGAAUAUUGCUGACUUUCGAUUUUGUCUUAAAAAAGGACCAAAAGCGUUUUGGUCUUUGAUCACUUGACGAGAUAGUGUUCAGUGAAGCGGCUAUCACGCAACAUAUCUUUUUCAUUGUAGAAGGUUGUAAUAAAUUUAUGACUCAGAUUACUCGCUUGGUGAUCUGGAUCUUUUAAUUCUCAUUCUCGAUGAGUUUUUCUUCUUGAUUAGAUGAAGAAUCGUGUUAUUCAAGACCUUUGAAUUAUGUGGCCGUCCAAAUUCCGACAUGACCUAACAAUCGCCUAGCGAAGUUCUCCAAAGUUUUGAGGUUGUUGGUCCUGAGGAACUUCCCAAAUUUGCUAUUUUAAAUAGCCCCAGAGGAAGAAGUCACGCACCGUUUACUCAUGAGUCGGCCAGGGAAUUAUCCCUGCAGAUAUCGGAUUGUUGCCUUGCUUGUGUGACACGAGGUGCCGUCCCGUUGCCACAACAUUGAGUUUCUGUCAAUGUUGUGCAUUGGAAAUUUUCUCUGAAUCACCUUGUAGCGAAUUAUACGCAUGUAUUCUCUCGUAUCGAGGUUUGCACGUGUAAAAUGCGGACCAAGAACAACGCCCUGUCUUGUCAGCCCAGCCCAGACCAUCACUUGUUGUGCCCUUUGCAUAUGAGCAACGUAAUGAUCGUAUGGGUGCCUAUCACCAUGCACGUGCUGCGUACUUCCUCACGUUUCGCGAGUUCAAGGAAUUCAAGUUCAUGGAAUUCAAGCUACAAGUUUCAAGACAGCCUUGUCUGACACCAUAAGCUUGUCAAGAAAAUCGGGAUUAUCGGCAACGGUGUUCAGGAGUCGGUUGCAGAAAGCCAGGCGUUGUACUGGGUCGCCGUCUCUCUGAUUCUUUGCCUUCGAAUUAUCACGUACGGGUGACCUAUUCCCGUUGUCUAGGAGCGAUUCACGUACUAACUCAACGUUUUCUGCAGUUCGUCCACUCCUUGGUCUGCCACUUCGUUCCUUGUUUAGGUCGAGACAACUACUUUCUUGUAAAAACUUGCGAUAAGUUUUGACUGCACUUCGUCUUGUAGGCCUCGGGUCGUUGUUCCAUCGCUCAUCCCAUCGUCUUGAAACUUCAUAUGCGUUAUUCGUUCUAGCAUACUCUAAGCAAACCCAAACUCUUUGAUAUUUCGUCAAGCGAGGCAUGUUUUAUUGCGAUGUUAACUUAAGACGUUUGUCGCGAUAACUUGCUUGCGUUCGUAAGUUGGAAUUCCAUCAGGUUCAAGGGACUUAGGGCAUAAAAUAAUGAUGUAAAACUCAACAAUAACUGAAAACUUACAUGAUAAACCUGACAAAUUCAGAGAUUCGUAUUAUGGACUUAACAAAUUUUGUCAAAAAACUAAAAAAUAAGUUACAACAAACCAUGUUUCGAAGAGGUAUUGUUGAAACAAAUUUAACAGGCUAUUUUUUGCUGAUUUGUGAUAAAAUUCAAAACGUUACUGUGUCUUUAAACGCGAAUAUCUCGGAAACUACUCGUUCAAACUUCAUAUGUAAUAUAUCAAACUUUAAGUUAUACAUUACUCGACUAAAUAUGGAUUAUUUCAUUGAUAUUCUUUAGUUGUAUGAGACGUCUGAUGUCAUAUUUCAUAGAUGAGUAACUUAACUUCCGGAAAAAGGUAAGAAUCUUGUCGUAUACGUAUUUUUUUUUUGGGGGGGGGGUGGUGAAUGCUUCUAGUCAACUGCUAAGCAUGCAGUGACGAAUCGCUUACGCUUUUUCGGGGCUGUUUACAUGAGCCCUACAGGGAGGGCUAGCCCUACCAAGCGAGAUCGCGCGUGCUACUAUAAAUCCAUACUAAAGAACAAUUUCGUUUACAUGAGAGGAGGGCCAGCCCCACAAGGCGAGAUCACGCUAUUGACUAUCCAAGAUCUUGCCUGGUAGGCCAAGUAGGGCUGGAAAUUUUCCGUAUACACGUAUAUAACAGGGAGGGCUAGCCUUCGCUGUAGGAAUAAAGAGUAGACGUCAGGGACAAUCCUAUUUGACGGUUCCGGCUUUCUUCGUCUUCUUUUUUUUCCACACCCGGUAUUGUUUUCUGCACAAAAUUGAUUCGUCAUUUGAGCCCGGGCGGCCGCCCACCCUUGGUUACGCCUUUGCAGCCAUUCCAGUAAUUCCCCUGAUGUAACUUUACGUUUGAAAACGAUUGCGUCAUUGGUUAUUUCGUAAUUUCUAUUUCUGUAAUAGGUUCAUUCGCCAUUGAUUUAAAACGGUGGUAUUGUAGUAGAACGCAGACUCGUGUUAGUUGAGUCAGUUUACUCUGGCAGACUGGCAGUGGCUGGUUGUGGCUACCUGUUUCACCGUAUAAUGUUUUGAACAUUUGCCUACAUUCACGCUUGAAAACAUGGAUCAAUACGUACCACAGUCAUUGGAUAGAACUUUUAUUCGCCGAGAAGUAGAUAUCGUGUUUGUUCUGGAUUGCACACAGCCUAUGAACGUUCAUGUUCACGAGGUUUCGACAGUGUUGCGACGUAUUAUCAGAAGAUUGCUUUGGAGAUUUGACGUGAACCAUGCAUGUGUGCAAUACCAUGGAUGUACUCCUUCGGCCAACGCUGGCUAUUCAUUAAUACAUAGCAAUUUCACGAGAGAUCUACCAGGUGUAACUGUCCCUAUGAAUUGCCAAGGCUUGAACACACCUGAUGCAAUGGCUGAUGGUCUUUACAGUGCCUCCAAUUUACAGUUCAGAUCGAAUGCCAUAAAGAUAUGUGUUUGGAUUGGAGACGCUAAUCUACAAGGCCUGGCACCAAUGGAAGAACUACCGCAACCUCGUCCAGACCAUCACGAUCUUGUUGAAGUAUGUCACCAAAUGGCCGCAUCGGGUAUUGUGCUGCUUUGUUUUGGUUGUAAUCAAACCAGUGAACAUGUCAGGGCCUUUUUUAUGGGCCUUAGUCUAAUUACUGGCGGACGAUUCAUCGCUGUUCAAUAUAUUCACUGUCUUUCCCAGAUUGUUGCUCGUUUGGUUCGCGAAGAGGUCGAAAAUGAACGUUUCGUCAGCCAUGCGGCAGAUGCCAUCGCGAUAACACGGAGAGCUAAUCCCAACGCAACUGUUGAUGAAAUUGCCAGGUAUCUUAAUCAAACUGUCAACCUUGGAAACCCCCGUGUACGAACUGUGAGGUAUAACCAAAGAAAUUUUGCUGGUCGUAUUUGUGCACGAUAUAUAUCCACCGCCAACACACUACCCGAAGCGUUUUCAGAAUUGAGAAAACACAUUCGGGUAGAACGUAUGGUUGAAGAAAUAGAACCGGCAAUUUCUGAAUUGAGCAAACAUAUUCUGGUAGAACGUAUUGUUGAAGAAAUAGCACCGGUACUAUAUGUGUACCUCAGUGUAAUAAUAAGAGCAAUGGCUCGUUCAGCAGUCCAAAAACCCAUUGCCAUGCCAAUGGAGGUGAAUUGAAUGUAUUAGGCUCUUACAAUGGACGACUUGCGCUUUAGACUAAUUUCUUACUUCGGCGAUAAA